CUUUUUCAGUUUUAGUAAUUGGCAACAUUGAAAUUCAUCACGUGUGUUUUUCAAACAUCCUCUGAUAGCGGGAAAAAUUCAUUUCAUUUUUUUCGUUUUGUGAGACGUAUUUCUAUUAUUUUAAUAAUUUUGUAUCAGUUUUUCAAUUAAAGUAACGAAAAUAUCAACCUUCGAGUUGUGAAUACUUCGUAUCACUCUAUUAUUGAUCCGGUAAUGCGAUUUACAAAAUGGCGAACGGUGAUUUCUGUUGAUCACGGUUCAUCUACGUAGUUUCCAAAAACCAUGUGAUCUGUCCCCAUAUCUUGAAACGUUGAAACCGGUGGAUUCGUACAUAGCUUCUUUCGACACCGGUUCGAUUACUCAAUUUUAAACAUGGAAUUGGAAUUAGAGGACGCUUUGAGAAACAUUCAAUCAACCACAAUAAUGGGUAGAAAGAAAGGAAUAGACAGCUUGAAGGAGUGUCUACUACAAGAAAACGCUAUCAAAUUCAUUAACCUACGUUCUACGCAGACAGAACACUCGUCGUUGAGUUGGAAUUACAUUUUUGAUGCCUGUCAUAUACUUACACUUCAGGCAGUCGACAAAUUAAUCAAAGAUGGCCCUAUCAAAAGUCAUGCCGCUAAUCAGACUAACAUCAAGGCAUGUGCUUCGUUAUUAAUGAUGGUCGCUUCUAAUGCUAACUCGAGUGAUCAAAACUUGGAUAGCAAGAAAGUGAUUGAAGCAUCGAUGACAGUCUUAGAAAACUCGAAUUAUAGAAAUAAUAUCGGUGAAAGGUAUAUUAAAAUACUUAACGAGUUAAUCCUGCCGUAUCGAAAGUCCUGGGGUCAAAUCAAAGCGAAAUGGAACGAAUUAUACUCAGUUUCUUUCAAACUUCUCAAAUCUCCGGUACCUGGUUAUAAAACUUUUGAUGUGAUAUCAAUGCUCGAUAAGACUAUCAAGUAUGGCUGUGAACAUUCGCAAGUACUGUUGAAUGUUAAAAAGAAUAUUUUUAGCUUGAUGAAAACCGUAAUGAAAAAUGCCUUCAAAGAGAACGACAAUAAUCAGUUGAAAGUACUCGCUCUGCUGGUCACUGUUUGUCAAAAAUUACAAAAAGAAUGCAGAAUGGCAGUCUGUAAAUUCGGCGAAGAAGUUCUAGAGCAAGACAGUGUGUUAACAAUGUAUCCCAAAAACUCAGGCAUGACUGAAAAAAAAAGACUGAUCUGUGAUUUUUUACUCAUUAUCGUCGAAGCUCAUUAUCCGAACGGAGUUGAUGCAAGUUCUCCUGCAGCGUACGCAGAUAAUGGAGAAUUAUGGAAGAAACAGUUACAAAAAAUGAACGCUUUUGCAGUAAAUGAAAUCAAUGCUAUAUCGAAGUACGAUAAAUCAGGCUCGAUGUGUUCUAGCUUUUUGAACUUGAUAGUUCACAUUUACAAACAGAGUAUGUCGUCUGGUUAUAAUUCGAUGGAUGUAACGAUGCCGACGAUUCUAUUGAACGAAAGUAUGCUAGAUGCUGGUUCGAGUAAACGAAUGCGAAUAACUGUCGGAUUCCCUGACUUGUUAGAUCGGUUAGGCGAUAUAAAUAAGCUCAGCGAUAAGUGGCCAUGGUUGAUUAUUUUACACAAGUUGCUCUCCACGUAUCCGGCUCUUGUGAAGGAAAACGAUUACACGAUGUUGUUGGAUAGCGUUUCGAAAUGUUUAUCAGCUUCCAAAGAUUCUCUAGUCACUGAUUACUUAUGCAAAUGCUGUAUCGAACUGAUCAAUAUUAGAAGAACAUUGAAUCUAGAUGAAAGUUGUAUCUCUACGGAAGACGCUACUGUAGAAUCAAUUUGGCAAUCGGUGCUAAGUACGAUCGGAUUGAAUCAGAAUAUGGAGUGCAGUCAUAGCUUAGUUCAGCAAAUGUUGAAUUAUUUAUGGAAACCGUCAAGAGGCGAAAGUGUUCUAAAAUUGUAUUUAUCGCACGUGAUUCGAUUAUCCAACUGUAGUCUUACCACUCUGUACUGUCUGAGGAAACGUAUUUCUUUUCCCGAUACUUUGCUCGAGAUUAAGGUUUGGUCAUCGCUGAUAGAAUGGAUGUUUACCAAAGAUAGCAGGGAUUAUGUCGUAUCGAGCGCUGAUUUGCAUUUAUAUGGGCAUAUCUUGGUGUUGAUAUGUUUGAAAAAUAACGUCAAGAAUAACUACAUCGAAGUUGAACCUUUACGAAUUGACACAAGACGAAGUUCGAGUACGCUGUCUGCGGCUGAUGUUUUUACUUUCAUGUCUUGCGAGUCGGAGAUCAUUUUCCAAUCUGAUUUGUCUGAGAAAAACCCCUCCGAAGAAACCCAGAAUCGCCUAAGCUGUGUACUGAACGUUGAAGCUUCAGAUAAACUAGUAGAUUCGCUAGAAAAUGAAGGCGUGCGUUUGCUCGAAAAAUAUUCCAAUUUUUACUACGCUAUAGAAGCUUUUAAACAUCUGAGCAGAUUUAAUGUUUUAUUGUUGCAAGUUCAAAAAUUCUUCACGUAUUAUGGCGUUCGACUUAAUACGAGUUUGGAAACCCUUUCGCAUAAAUUAUCUGACGAACUGGUUAUAAUAAUUGAUAAGAUAUCCGCCUCAAUUGGAGAUUACAACGGAGUAGAAUUUCUCGCUAUGUUGUCGCAAUUUUUCAAAGAGUUGGGAACGUUGCCCAAGAUCGUUGUGGAGUCUGUUUUAGUCAAGUAUUUCCAAUCGUUGAGUAAUAUUUUCAAAAUUAUUGAAUGCGGUCCUCGUGAAAUAGGCAAUCAAGAUGACGUUGAUAUGGAAGAAAAGAUUACCAAUACUGAAGUUUCCACAUCAUCACUGUUCGAUUCCGAAAUGCUCUCUUAUGAUGACCAAUUGAAAGUAGAAGCUUGCAAAGUCCUCAUGUAUUAUUCUUAUAACCAUGAAUUCACAAAUGAAAAUCAAUACAAACUGUUGAUCGCAACUAUGGACAGAUUGGACGCCCUUCAAGAAACCCUGACUCCGUUGUGCCUUCUUCAAUCGGCAACUAUUGCAAUAGAAACCGCAUUACAAAUGAAAACAUUCAAUUGGACCUUUGUAGACAAAAUAGCCCUUCUUUUGUCCGACCUUCUUGGCGUUGGAGAAUGGUAUACGGUAGAAGAAUCGGGAAGGGUGAUUUUGAAAUUUAUUCAGAUGACCAUUGAUAGGCUUCAAAAUAUACGCGAUUACCCUGACGACGAUGAAGAUCUGUGGGGGAGAAUGAAACAUUUAAUUACUGCUUUUGCUCAAGUUACCAGUUCUUAUGGCCCGAAUACUGUCGUUGAGAUUGUUCGAUGUUUGGGAUUAUUACUAAAGGCCCGAUGCGGUGUCCAAGUACGCGUAGAACCCAACGAAUCGCUGGAAAUCGGCGAUAAAUUAUUACCAUAUUUAAAACACGACUUUCACGAGGUUCGAAUAACCGCAGCAAUCUACGUGUCCGAGAUUUUCGAAUUAAUCGACGAAGCUCACGAAAACUACGGUAUGACUACGUUGAAAAAUGAUAUCGUAAACAAAUUCAUGGAGUACUUGUUUGAAAUAUUCACGUUGGAGGAAAUGGACAAUAGCUUCGAUAACAAACAAGAUGAAUUAACUAUUAGACCUGUGGUAGUAUUGUAUUGUUUUGCCAACGCUAUUUCUCAUAGUCGAUGUGCCAGAAGAGAGUUGUUAUUCUCGUUGUUUUAUUUUUCCGUCGAAAAAAAUCUGAAUCGAGGUUUGGUGUAUAAAAUUUUGAAUUUAGUUAGAAACAAGUUGAACGUGGAUUCAGUGAUGCAUCUGAUUCGAGAUAACUUCGUAUUUGUGCUUUGGAAAUGGUUCCAAAAAUACAAGACCUUCGAGAAUUUCCCAUUUGAAAUCGUUCAAUGUACGAACCUAGUGAAUUUCUACGGCGAAUAUCAACGAAUUAUCGUACCUAUUUUUGCAUUUUACGGUCUGACGAAUAAAAUUAUCGAAAUUGCUACAAUGCUGGAAAAGUCUCUGUUAGGAAUUACCCAGGAGUGUUUUUCCGAAACCGUGGCGCUAGUUUUAUAUAAGUGCGCCGAAGAUACACAACAUUUUUCACAAGAUGACGGUAUCACAGAAACCGUCAUGUAUGGUAAUUUAGAAACAUCCCUCGAACCUUUAGAAUUACAGGAGGUAAUGGCUCAACAGCUGGCGCAAGUCUUUAUCGAACUGUUUCGCAAUCUGCACGAUGCGAAUUUCGAAAUACCUGCGAACAGCAUUUUACCUUCGCCUGCCCCACAUCGUUCGAACGAGAUAAGACUCUUGGAGGAAUUGAAACUUUUACAAAAAACAUCCGAACCGCAUGAGACAUCUUUUAUUGUAUUUGUCACCAAUAAAAGGAAAGAGACGACGCAGAAAAUUUUCCAACAACUGUACAUCGACGUUAUGAACGCUUCAACGCCUGAAAUAAAAUUGGAAUCGUUUCAAAAAUACCUCUUAUUCUGCCAACUCCUGUUACCGGAAUACGAAGAGCUACUGAACAUAAAAAUGGCGCCGUAUAUUUUUUGCACCAUAUUGACAAACGUAUUACAUUUCAUAUCGCAUGAUCGAAAGCACCUUCUGGUAUCGUUGGCUUCGCUUAAAUUCGUACAGAAAUUCGUAUCGAUGUGGUUAACCGCGGACACCAGAAAGAAAUAUUUACUUUGGAUUAUCAAAGAUCUACUGGGCGAUCUGGUCGAUAACUUGGUGUUUUUAGGAUUACGAACGGAUGCUUUAGGUUUCGAAGCGAUCGCAACUUUGGAACAGUUACUGAAAUCGAUCUCAGCUUUGCAAUUGAAAUUGAACGAGAACUGCAUCAAACUAGAACCGUUUCCGGAAUUGCCUCAAUUUGAAGAUUUAAAUAUGUGUUUUCUUCAAAUGGAAGAUACCCAAGUGAGAGAUACAUUUUUCUCUGAUACGUUGUCGAAAAGUACAGAUUUAGAUAUCGAGAUCCAGAAAUUCUUGACCAUCGUGGAGAAAUCGAGCAAAUGCAGAAUUGAAAGUCUAACGAAUCUGAGGAGUCAGGUGUCAGAAAAUCGAGACGAGAUGAAGAAUUUGUUCAGAAGAUUGAUUUCGAAACGUGGAUUUUCCGAAGAAUGUGCCAAAAGUUUACCUCAUCGGUUGAUUUGUGCUCUUUUGCAACUAACCAGUUCCCCAGACGAGAAGAUCAAAUACGAAGCAGCAUGUUGCUUGGGAGAAAUAGGUCUAGUCGAUCUGCACACAUUGGUGCUGAAACCAAACUGCGACGAAUACGACACGAGUUCCAUUGCUGAAAACCUGAUAACUUUUGAAUUAUGUCGUAUGUUGGAAAAAUGUCUGAUUGAAAAAAACGUAGACGUAUUCGUAGCUGCCUCAGAAGCCGCCUACGCUGUUUUCAAAUCACCGGAAGCGUUUGAAAUAAAAGAAGAUAUCAGGAGUACGAACAACAAUAUGUUUCUAUUGCUGUACCCUUUCAUCGGAAAAGAGCCCGAAGUAUCUCGGUUGUGGAAUUAUUUCGAUAUCAAGUUAUUCCAGAAAAAUGUCGAUGAAGCUUCGUUAUGGUCGCCGGAUUUCAAUACUUCGUUCGAAUUUUGGAUCGAGAAUUUAACGUGUUCUAUUUUGACCUCGUUCAGAAACCCUUGUUUUUUGAACGUGCUGAGCAAAAUUUGCCGGAUCAAGGCAACUUUCGCCGAAGAAUUAUUCAAAUAUUUGAUUAAUUUAAUUAUGAAGAGCGAACCGAAGUACUUCAAGUUGGCCAAAAAUAUACUAAGCGAUAGGAUCAAUCAGUUUUUCAAGAAUCACUACGAUGCGAAUUCUAACGAUACUCCUAGCGAUAGUUGGUCGUCGUCUCGAGCUGCGAUGGAUUCGACGAUGGAUAUUCAUCUGAAUAAACGAGCUGUUCAGUGCAUUCUCGACGUGGUACAUUUUAUUCGAUUGAAGCAACAGCAAGAGGAACCUAAAUCGGAUAAAUCGAAAUCGAAUGAAUCGAAAUCGAAUGAAUUGAAAUUGAAUGAACUGAAAUUAAAUUAUUUGUACGUGGCCAAAGCAGCUCAAUAUUGCUCUCUGUACUUUACUUCGGUUCUCUACGCCGAGCUAUGGAUUAAUUUUCAAAUCCAAGAUUGCAAUAUCGUGAAUAAUGGUAACGUGCUAGCUGUACUGGAGGAAAUCGCCAAUAAUUCCCACCAAUAUAAAGAAGAACUGUUGAAUAUUUUACGAGAAGCGUUUUCGAAGAUCGGCGAUUCGGAUGCAUUAUACGGAUGCAGCUCGUCUGUUUUAUUGAAUACUCAUUCGCGAAUCACACAUUAUGCCCAGACAGAGAACUGGUUUCGAGUAAUGCAGCAGAGCGAAGUGCUACUGAGUGCAAAUGCGGCAACGCCGAUGUUUACCGAAAUAAAUGAUUUGUCAUCGGCGAUCGGAUUAGCUGGCUACAAUUAUCUUCAAAAUCAAUACCUCUCAUCGGUACAAAAUCUAAACUCAGUUUCAAAAGAUUUACGUUACGAAGGGAGUUGGAAAUUGGGCAAAUGGGAUCUACCGGAGCCAUCGGACGACGAAAAAACCUUCGCUUAUCAUCAAUACGCCACUUUGAAAGAUCUCAAACAGGGCAACCUUUUGGGUGCCAAGACAAAUAUAGAGUGUGCUCGCAAAAUCAUCACCCCUGUUUUAUCUCAUACCUGUUUGGAAUCCACUAAGAAUAUUUACAACGUUCUGUCGAAGCUGCAAUGUCUACAGGAUGUCGAAGAUUAUUUAAAAUCCACCGACGAUAUCCAGCAUCUGAUCGAUACGUGGAAAACCCAAGACGAAUUCAGCGUGGGAAUGAACCUUAAAAACAAAGAAACCAUUCUCUUCCAACGUAUUUGCAUGCUGCCUCGAGAUAACGAAGCUGCCUGCGAUUAUAUUUUAGAUAUCGCGAAACUAGCUCGUAAAAAGAAUAACGCCAUAUUCGCCGAUCGUUGCCUAGCUUCGAUUAAACGUACGGCUGAAACGACGAGUAUUUUUCACAUGAAGUGUGACCUCGAGGAAGCCAAAGGGUUAUGGAGUCGACAAGAGACGGAUAUCGCGAGAUACAUUCUUCAGAACUUAUUGAAAAAAGAUCAAUUAGAGCAAGCCAAGUUAUUCCAUUCUAAAUUGUUGAGAAUUUAUGGUAGUUGGUUAUCGGAGAUUAAUUUAGAGAACGCUGAUAAUAUUUACAACAAUUACUUCAAACCGGCAAUCGAUAAACUGGAAAAUGUCACCGAACGAACAGCUAAAGAACGCAAAGGACGCCUAAAAACGUUCAAAUGCGUCGCUGAAUUCGCAGACUCGCAGUAUCAGCAAAUACGUAAAUAUAUAAAAUCGGACGACUUCAAACGUCAACAGGUGAACGUCGAUCAAGCCAAGCAAGAAUCAGAGGCAUUGCUAGGUUCUUCGGAUGAUAUACGAAAAACUAGGAAUCAACUGGCGAAUCAGAGCAAAAUAGAUAAAACUUUCAUCACCGAAACAGAGAAGAAACAAGAACGAUAUCUGUUGCUUGCUAUGGAGUAUUAUUUACGAUGGUUGAUCGACAGCGAAGAUGAUCUGAGGAUGUUCAGAGUCAUCUCGUUGUUCGUCGAGAAUAAGGAUCAUGGCAAGUUGAACCUGUUGAUGAAGCAGUUACUGACGCAAGUACCUUCGUAUAAGUUUAUCACCGUUUUGCCUCAAUUGAGCGCUCAUAUUACUCGUUAUUCGGCUCAAGGUUUCGGGCACACCGUCAAGACUGUCGUAGAGAGAUGCGCCAGAGAUCACCCCCAUCAUACGUUACCUCUUAUUUUAUUACUGGCUAAUUACGUAAAAGAUGAAGAAUACAAAGAAGAUCAAGCCGUAGCGAAAGUCAUCGAAGAGGAAAGAGUCCUGGCCGCUGGCGAAUUUAUGAAAAGAUUCGCCCAAGACGAAAAAAUAGGAGAAAUAGUUCGCGAAAUGCAGAAGAUAUCGAAUGCUUACAUCCAGUUUGCUUAUGAAAAAGAAAAACAAUGCAGAAGUGGCACUAUUGUGAAUAUUCGACCCGGGUUACUCAUCAAUAAACUUGAAAAUCUUGAAAAAGCAUUAUGUCCUACGGUCAAUUUACCCGUUAGCAAAAUCGCCAAUUACAAAGAGAUUACAGGUAUCAGGAAAAUUGAAAAGAAGUUCACAAGUGUCGGAGGGAUCAACGCUCCUAAAAAAAUCACAUGUUACGAUACCAGAGGCGAAACGAUAUUUCAAUUAGUUAAAGGACGAGACGAUAUUAGACAAGACGCGGUUAUGCAACAAGUAUUCAAAAUUAUGAACCAAUUACUCUCCGAGAAUAAGCACACGUCGAAACGUAAACUUCUCAUACGUACAUACAAGGUAGUACCUUUAUCUCAACGUAGCGGUAUUCUGGAAUGGUGCUCGAAUACGAUGUCAAUAGGCGAUUACCUGGUUGGAGGACCUGAUCAUCUUGGUGCUCAUGAAAUAUAUCGUCCUCAGGAUGCGCGCCCUAGCGUAGUUCGAACAAAACUUCAAAAUAAUGGAAGAAAGAGCGAUCAUGAUAAACUGAUAUUGUAUAACCAAAUAUGCGACUCGCUGAAACCAGUAUUUAGGUAUUUCUUUUUGGAAAAAUUUCCUUCGCCUACGAAGUGGUUCGAGAGAAAGCUCGCGUAUACUCAUAGCGUCGCAGUUACCUCGAUCGUUGGGUUCAUCAUUGGACUGGGUGAUAGACACGUGCAGAAUAUUCUGAUCGAUGAGAAAACCGCCGAAGUGAUUCAUAUUGAUUUCGGAAUUGCAUUCGAUCAAGGAUUAUUAUUAAACUUCCCCGAACAUAUACCUUUCCGAUUAACUCGCGAUAUUGAAGACGGAAUGGGCGUGUUUUCUAUCGAUGGUAUUUUCCGAAGAUGCUGCGAAAAAACGCUGGCCGUAAUGAGACAAAACAAAAACAUAAUCCAAACCACCAUAGAAGUGUUUUUAUACGAUCCUUUGUACCAAUGGACCGUCACACCGGAGAAAAAAGCUUCCGUUCAGAAGUAUUCUCGUGACAACAUCAACGCUCCUUCUGCCGUUACCGAAACAAAUGUACAAGCACCGAGAGCUUUGGCUGGAGUUGUUUCCAAAUUGCAUGGAUUAAACGAAGGCACAUAUACUACCAUUGAGGGCCAAGUUAAUAGACUCAUUCAACAGGCCAGAGAUCCAAUUAAUCUUAGUCGAUUGUUUGCCGGAUGGCAGGCCUACUUGUGAUAUUUUAUUUGAAUUAAGUGUUCUGUUCCUUAUAAAUGUAUUUAUUUUGUGAAUUUUCAAUGAAAUAAUAUUUUUUUAAAAA